CUCAAAACUCGACGGAUUGGCUACUUCAGAAACGAGGGUGUGAUGUCAAUGGGAAGCGCCGAACUCUAGUUUCCAAAGUUUUAAUGUGAAGCUAUGGUUAGCUGAUGGACAAAAAAAAGUGAAUUUCUGUCGUAUUAGCCGCCUAGAUAACAGAUGGAUGACCUCAACGUACUACACCACAGAUGCCUCCUGAAUCUGAGGCGACGAAUCAGAGAUAUUGGGGAUGGGCGCCCUGCACAGGAACGAUACAUGAGGUUACAGAAGGAUGGAGACACACUCAGUUACCAAGGGAACUCCGAAGAGGUGGGUUGCUAUGUGGCCGGCCACCCUUUAUCGAAGGGAAAUUGCUACUUUGAGGUGACAAUAGUGGACACAGGGGUGAGGGGGACUAUUGCUGUGGGCCUGGUGCCUAAAUUCUACAGGCUGGACCACCAGCCUGGCUGGCUGCCAUAUUCUGUAGCCUACCACGCUGACAACGGCAAGUUAUACAAUGGCAACCCUGUGGGACAGCAGUUUGGGCCAAAGUGUGCGCGUAGUGACCGCAUUGGCUGCGGAAUACACUCAGAAAAUAUUGAAGCAGGUCUUACAACAGUCUUUUUUACCAAAAAUGGCAAGGAGGUUGGUUCAGUAGAGGUUCCUGCGUCAGCAGAGGGGUUGUUCCCCGCCGUAGGGAUGCACUCCAUGGGGGAAGAGGUGAAGGUUGACCUGCAGGCUGAGUGGUUCCUGGAGGAAGAUGACAGUAUGAUGAUGGUGGACAGCCACGAAGAUGACUGGGGGCGGCUUUACGACGUCAGGGUUAGCGGCACGCUCUUGGAGUAUGUUGGCAAAGGAAAGAGCAUCAUGGACGUGGGUUUGGCCCAGGCCCGCCAGCCACUAACCACCCGCUGCCACUACUAUGAAGUAGAGAUUGUUGAUGCUGGAGAGAAGUGCUACAUCGCUCUGGGUCUGGCAAGGAGGGACUACCCCAGGAACAGACACCCAGGAUGGAGCCGAGGUUCGGUGGCGUACCAUGCUGAUGAUGGCAAGAUCUUUCACGGCAGCGGGGUCGGAGACGCUUUCGGUCCUCGCUGCGUCAAAGGGGACAUCAUGGGCUGCGGCAUCAUGUUCCCACGAGACUACAUCCUGGACGGAGAAGGUGACGUGGACGACUGGGACCGGCUGGAGGUCCGUCCAGGUCACGCCGGCGUCCAGAACAUCCUGUACCUUAACGACGAAGAGGAGGAAGAGGAAGAUGGGGAAGAGGUAGAGGAGGGACAGGAAGGCAGGAAGGUCACGGUCUUCUUCACGAGGAACGGGAAGCUGAUGGGCCGGAGGGAGAUGGGGGUUCCUCCCGGGGGCCUCUACCCCACCGUGGGGAUGCUGAGCAGUGGAGAGAAGGUCAAAGUGGAUCUGCAUCCGCUCAGUGGAUGAGCAAAGUGCAGGACCUGGACUCGUGAUGCCCUGCAUACAGCUGGCUGCCCUGUAGAGCUCACCGACGGUAGCCUAGCAUGCUGCUAACUCACGCAAGAACCCACUCCCAUUCAGCUGCACACAUUAACGCCGCGGUCACCGUCGCCUCUGCUUUUAUUUAUAAGACCUGUACAUUCUCACAGUCGUCACAGAAACCCAACCAGAGCGUCCUCGUGGCCGGGAAGUAGCACAGCGGUGGUAUACGAGCUGUGCAGCUUACAGCAUGCAGGAAUAGACACCUCCAAGCUAAGAAAACAAAAACACCUCCGGGAAGAUAUUGAACUGUUAAUUCUAUGCAAUAUGUACUGCUAUCAUCCUCCCAUCUAACCUCCCUCUGCAUGCAGUGUUAUCUGAACACUGAGCGGUUAAUUCCCUCUCACCAGGUCUGGCACACUUGGUCUAUUUCAUUUCAUCGCGACCCCGAGCAAAGCAGAGCGAGGCCAACAGUUGUGCCAAGUCAGAGCUCGUUGGUGGUUUAUGUUUCAAUAUUCUCUCUCUCUCUCUCUCUCUCUCUCCCUCUCUCUCCCAGUCCUCUCUCUGUGUGAGGCUGCCCCCCUGUGAGCGAGCAGGGACCUGCUGCUGCCCCACCUCGCUUGCUCGCUGCUCCUCCUGGAGCUGGCUCAAAGUGGUCCGUGGAUCCGUUGCAAUAUUUCAGAAAAUGCAUUCACGCUCAUUAUGCAUAAGAUUAUGUUAUGAGGAUUAUUAGAGGUUUGGCAAUCACAAGCUCACAUACAGUAAGAUGCUGUUACUCAGCAGCGUCAGAUAAGAGUGGAUGGAUAGUGUUGUUAUAGUUACAUAGAAACAUAUAGAACAACAUAUAGAAACACGCCAGGUAUAUUUCUACAAGGGAAUAUGCGGAAUACACAUUUGAAUUAAUCUUGUACGUUCAAAGUUCAGGGAAUGCGUUUUUUUUUUGCACUUCGGGGGGGCUGGGGAGAUAUUUAGGGCAGACAUGAAUACGCUGGUGGACAAAAU